GAGAUUUCCAUAAAGAGGAAGAGGGGAGGAAGAAGCUUCGCCUUGGGGCGACUUCCUGGCUUUUCUUUUGCAGAGGGAAACGCACCCGGAGCAGAGAGGAGGCAGCAGGGUGUAAUUCGUACCACAGUUGCUGUUUACAGUCUGUAUGACAAAUGAAGUAUCGGCAGCCUCAGUGAAUCAAGGAUGCAGAAGAUAGACUGGAUUGAACACCUGACAUAUCUUCUGAGUGAUGUGCUGAACUCUGAGGGCAGAGGCCUCUUUCUACUAAAAAAAAGGCAUAUCACUUAACAAUGGUCUGAUGUCUGAUAAGUUGGAGAUUCUGAACAGAGUGAUUGAAAAGUUAUUAAAGGACAGGAGAGUGGAAGAAGGUUCUUUUAAAUCAGACUGUCUUCAGCCAUCAGUGACUGACUCCUCGGAUAUAAUCACUGAUUCAGAUAUUGGACCAAAAUCCGUAUUAGAGCAGGAGCCAGCAGAAAAAGGAUUGACAGUAUCUGCUGGCAGCUCAAAGACUUGGUUUGGUGCUUCCGCAUCAGAAGAUCUAGCGUGUGCUGACCAGAUAAUGCUGAAUGUUGAUGUUUUGCCGCCAUGGAUCCGUGAUAUUUAUACAGGGCUGCCGGGAGGAACCAUUCCACCCCCUGAUAUUCCAUCAGCUUUUCAGUGUGAUGAAGGCAUUUACAUUCCUCUCGAAUAUGUUGUGCGUCCAAAGCCACUGCUGUUAGAUUUUGUAUCUUAUACUGACGACAUGGAAAAGAGCUCUCCUGCAUCAGUUUUGGAUGAGAAAGGUGAGCAAAGCAAUGAGGAGGAGCAAAAAACUGUCAAGCCUACAAGUAAAGAGUUCAGAAAAACCUGGGGGUUUCGAAGGACAACAAUCGCCAAGCGAGAAGGUGCAGGAGAUGCUGACGUGGACUCUAGUGAGCAACAGCCACAACAGCAGCAAAGCUUAAACCUCAGGCGGAGUGGACGGCAACCAAAGCGAACGGAAAGGGUGGAAGAAUUUCUUACAACGGUGAGACGCAGAGGAAGGAGGACUGUUCCUACCACACUGGAAGAUUCCAGUGAACCAGCGUCCUGUACAGCGACAGAUGCUGAAACCGCUUCAGAAGACAGUGUUGAGAGCACUCCAGAGAUAAAACCUGCAACUCAGAGGAUUAGGACUAGGAGUAGUAAGGAUCAGAAGGACUCUAAAAGCAGAUGCACAAAAGAGGAAGAAGAAGAGGAGGAGGAGGAGGAGGAGGAGAUAGAUGAUGAUGAUGAUACUUCUGAUAGUGAUAGUGAUGGGUUAACACUAAAGGAACUGCAGAAUCGGCUAAGAAACAAACGUGUUGAACAAAAACCUGCGCAGAUGACGUUGAAGGACAUACAGACAUGCCUGGGGCAAAGAAAUCCAGAAGAGGAUCCUACAGAAACAGGUGAUGUCCAGUCUGAAAAACAAGUUGAGCCUGAGUUGUCUGUCAAACAAGAGCCUGAGACUGCAGACAACAUUGAGGUCGCAAGUCAAGUGGUUGUGUCAGAGGCAAACACUGAAGAUCUUCAGGUUGAGGACGAGGUGAAGCCUUCCCUUGGCAUAAAAGGGGUCUCGGAUGAGGAACCCGAAGAACCGCCCAAAAGCAAACCUGAAUCUGAGAUUUAUGACCCAAAUGCACUGUAUUGUAUUUGUCGUCAGCCUCACAACAACAGGUUUAUGAUUUGUUGUGAUAGAUGCGAGGAAUGGUUUCAUGGGGACUGCGUGGGUAUUUCUGAGGCUCGAGGGCGAUUGCUGGAAAGGAAUGGUGAGGACUAUAUCUGUCCAAACUGCACCAUUUUGCAGGGACAGGAUGAGCCAGUCUCAGAAACAGAGCAGCAGGAAGCUAAAUUGGGGCAAGGAAAUGUGGAUGGCACAGAAUUCACAAGCAUAGGAACAAUUGAACAAAAAUCUGUCGAGGACCAAGGUAUCAAGGGUAGGAUUGAAAAAGCUGCAAAUCCAAGUGGGAAGAAAAAACUAAAGAUAUUUCAGCCUGUAAUUGAAGCUCCUGGUGCGUCCAAGUGCAUUGGUCCCGGCUGUUUUAAUUUGGCUCAGCCCGAUUCCGUGUAUUGCAGCAAUGACUGUAUCCUCAAACACGCUGCAGCCACUAUGAAGUUUUUAAGUGCUGGCAAAGAUUCAAAACCAAAACCUAAAGAGAAGAUCAAGCCAAAAUCUGAAAAGCCUGGCAUGCCAAAAUCUCAGCUGCAGGCAACUACUAAGCCUCUUUCAAACCAAAAGAGACCAUUUCCUGAGAAAAGAGACAUGAAUACAAAGAAAACUAUUUUGACAACGGCCAAGACUGAGGCAAAUGCUCAACCUGUUGCUAGAGAGACCCCGGCAGAACACACCACACCGUCCUGGGCAAGCGAUCAUAAUUACAAUGCUGUAAAGCCUGAAAGGACUCCUGCCAUAUCAUCUUCACUGUUGUUCAAAUCUCAAAGGGAAGAGAAAAGGAACGAGGAUAGAGCAGAGUCGGCAUCCAAGAAAGCUGUUGCAUCUCUUAAGGAGAAACAGACGCCUUCUCUCACUAAAAACCUUCCUUCCAAGAAGUCCCCAUCCUUCUCUAACACAUCACUAGCAAAGCAACAGCUUAAACCUUCUGCUGGAAGUUUCAAAGUUAUAAUUCCCAAGAAACCUUGGACUGCACCAGGCAGUGCCCAUCCGUCAGGCAGCGUUCCCUCAUCGGGCACUGUUCCUUCCAAACAGUCAACUCUUUCGCACGGCGCAUCUGUUUCCAAAAAACCAGCCCCAUCUUUCGGUGUGGGUGGAGGACUCAAAAAGCCUUCACCCCCUUCCGUUUCUGCCGCGUCUGGAAGUAAUCAAGCCAAAGCAUCAGCCAGCCCUGUCCAGUCACAAACCAAUUCUCAGAUUCGACAAAAUAUUCGACGGUCCCUAAAAGAAAUUUUGUGGAAGAGAGUCAAUGAUAGCGAUGAUCUGGUCAUGACAGAGAGUGAAGUAGGGAAAGUAGCUCUCAAUAUUGAAAAGGAGAUGUUUAAUUUGUUCCAUGUUACGGACAACAGAUACAAGAGUAAAUACCGUAGCAUCAUGUUCAAUCUCAAGGACCCCAAAAACCAGGGACUUUUUCAUCGUGUCCUUCGAGAGGAAAUCUCACUGUCAAAACUAGUGAGAAUGAAACCAGAGGAACUUUUAUCUAAAGAACUGUCUGUAUGGAAAGAGAAACCAGCUAAGGCAGUGAUAGAGUCAAGAAGCAAAUCUCAUGAAAUCAAGAAAACAGCUGUAAAACGGGAACGUGUGCCAGCUGUGAAUAUGGAAGAUUCUCCGCCAGUGUCUGAUUCCGAUGAGCAGCAAGAGUCAUCCCGAAGUGCACCGAGUUUAAACAGUGCUCCUGCUCUGGAUGUUUUUAGCAGUAUGUUGAAGGAUACAACAAGUCAACAUCGAGCUCAUCUUUUUGACCUGAACUGCAAAAUCUGUACAGGUCAGAUUUCAGCCUCGGAAGAUGAGGUACCAACUAAGAAGAUAAAGUCAACGGCUCCUGCUAAAAAGGCGGAGUCGAAAUCAAAGCCUGAAGUUCAACCGAAGUAUGAAAGUUCUGCACCAUCCCCACCAGCAGAACCCGCCAAAGAGACUGUUCCUGAAAACGCGAUGGAAACUGAAGUUGCACCGGCAGCAGAAACAGUUUCUCAGACAACCGUAGAAGGAACUUACAUUCCUACAACCCAGGGCCACAACAACACAGAUUCUUCUGUCCCUGAAGAGCCUCCUGCUUUUCCUGCUUCUUGUUCUGCUGGAGUUGUCACAACCGUGACAGUUUCAGGCAGAGACCCCAGGACAGCCAUGAGCGGCUCCUUGGGGGUUGUGACACCAGCCCUACGUUCUGGUCCUGCAGCUGACAAAGUUUCAACAGGGGAGACAAAACAGGAGACUCCCAAACCAGUGAUGACCAUCCCCAAAUCAAUAUUAACAAAACCAUCCUCCUCACCAGAUGCAAGAUACUUAGCGGUUCAUCAGUCACCCAAUAUCAAUGUUGCAGAGCCACGCUCACCUCAAGACAGCGACACUUCCCUGUUCCUCUCUCGUCUCAAUACCAUUUGGAAAGGAUUUAUUAACAUGCAAAGUGUGGCCAAAUUUGUCACUAAAGCAUAUCCUGUGUCCGGGUGCUUUGAUUACCUUAGUGAGGAUUUACCAGAUACAAUUCAUAUUGGUGGGAGGAUCUCACCGAAGACGGUCUGGGAUUAUGUUGGCAAACUCAAAUCUUCACUUUCUAAGGAAUUGUGUUUGAUUCGUUUCCAUCCUGCAACAGAAGAAGAAGAAGUUGCCUAUAUCUCUCUCUACUCCUAUUUUAGCAGUCGUGGUCGGUUUGGUGUUGUAGCUAAUAACAACAGACAUAUCAAGGAUCUCUACCUGAUUCCCCUGAGUUCUAAGGACCCAAUUCCUUCAAAACUCUUGCCCUUUGAGGGCCCAGGUCUUGAGUCAUUUCGGCCCAAUUUAAUUCUUGGAUUGGUUAUCUGUCAGAAAGGGAAACGUCCUGCAACUGGCAUUGAAGCAGAAAAGAUAGAGGAAAAGCGAAGCAGAAUUCAAGCACAUGAGGAAACCGAAAUGUCACUGUUCUCUAAAGGGCCACUAGCUGCUUCGCAAGAAAAGAGAACUCCGAAGUACUCAAUUUAUUCAGGAGAUUCAACUGUAAGCACGACACCACCUGGAUCUCCUCCUCCACCUCCACCUCCACUUCCCAUUCCAGACACCUCAGCAGUUACACCUUCAGUAUUAAAAAUACUGUCCUCGAUUAAAAGUGGAACCACAACUACGGUAGCACCACCAGUUUCAACUGCUGCUUCUGCAACUGUUACUGCUACAUCUUCAUCCUCCAAAACUGCCACACCUCUCGAGCACAUCCUGCAGACCCUUUUUGGCAAAAAGAAAACUUUUGAGCCUCUUGCUAAAGAUUCUGAAACUGUCCAGUCUUCAAAUCAGGAAGGCCAAGCUGCUGCUGAUGGAGGAAUGUCGGCUGUUCCUUUGUUAGAUCCCAUCGUGCAGCAGUUUGGACAGAUGUCAAAAGACAAAGCUAUAGAAGAGGAGGAGGAUGACAGACCCUAUGAUCCUGAAGAAGAAUAUGGUCCAGAGAAAGCUUUUGAAAUGCAGACUGGUGAAAGUGAGAAACGAUACAAUGUGGAAAAGCCAUCCAAUACAGCAGAACUAGAGGAUGAGGCCUACGAUCCAGAAGAUGAAACUAUCUUGGAAGAAGCAAAAGUGACUGUUGAUGAUUUACCUAACAAAAUGUAUUCAGACACUAAAAGCAGUUCUUCAGAAACACCUGCUUCAUAUGUGCCUGAUCUAUCUGCAUCCUCCUCCUUGGUGGAACAGCAAAAAAUGUUGGAAGAAUUAAACAAACAAAUAGAAGAACAGAAAAGACAACUAGAGGAACAAGAAGAAGCCCUCAGACAACAAAGAGCAGCUGUUGGUGUAUCAAUGGCUCAUUUUUCAGUGUCUGAUGCUUUGAUGUCACCACCACCAAAAUCUUCUCUAAUAAAAGGUGAAUUAUUCCAUCAGGACCAGCAGGCUAUGCAAAAAAUAGAUCUACCUUCAUCUUUAAAUCAGCAAGCACAAGUUUUAAACCAAGGCUGUGACCCAAGGCAGAACAGAGACCCUCGACAAGCCAGAAGGAUGGCGACAGAGACUAAUGACAAUGCUGAUUCUCGAAUAAAGCCACAGGUGGUACAGAAUGAGAUAGUCACAAUUGAAAUGGCUCCAGCAAGUUUCCCAAAUGCUUUGCAGACUUCCCUUGGUAUGGAAGAUAAAACUUUAAUUUCUGCUGCUCAGCCUGGUUUUAGUGGUGAUAACUGGGUUUCAAGUGAAACAUCUUCUAUGGUGUCCCAAAAAGAGGCAUCUAAUAGCAAAUUUGAAAACACUGCUCAAGUUAAUUUGGAAAACAUGAAUCAAACAGCUUCUGGAGAACCUUCUAUGUCCAAACCUUUACGUAAAGUGCUGCUUCCAACACCUCCAAGUACAUCUUACCAGCCUAAUUUCUCCACAUCAAAUGACAGUCAGUCUUUGCAAGAUAUGCAUCAAGUAUCAUGGUCAAAUGAGUCAAAGGAACUAAUGGGAAGGGACUCUUUUUCAAAUGCAAUGUUUACUUCUCAGGAACAGGUAGCUGGUCACUUUGACCCAGGUCUUUCAUCCAUGCAAUAUGACGAACAGAGAAAUCCUCAGUCUCAUCAGUUUGUAGAACAAACUGAACCUCCAUUAGUUCAGACUGAGGGCGGACCUACCCCACAGCACUUUGAAGAAAACAGAAUUGGACCUUCUUUUUCUUUGUCUGGGCAGAAAGGUGGGCCCCCACCAUCGAUGAUGCUCAACGCACCCGGAGGACCUCCUGGACCUAAUUUUAGAGGACCGGCACCACAGUUCUCUGAAGAGCAUGGUUCUCCAAAUAAUGACGGGCAAAGAGGACCUGCCUCUGGAAGAUUUGGAGGUCAAAAGGGUCCCAUUCCUUCUUUAUUUUCUACACAACAUGGACCACCAUCUCUUUUUGGUGAUAAUAGGGGCCCAGCCCCUUCUUAUCAUGGUGUUCCAAGAGGAAUGUCACCAUCUCAGUUUGAAGAUCAUAGGGAACCUCACAUGGAACAAAGGGAAUUCUCAGAUCCUCAAUAUAAUGAAAUGAUGGGGCCUCCAGGACAGUUUGAAGGACCAGAUCCACCUCAGUUUAUGGGAAACCGAGGUCCUUCGCCUUUUCCUUUUGGAGGUCAAAGACGACCCUCACCAGCUCCAUUUAAAGGACAGAGAGGAGGCCCUCAGUUUGGAGGGCCAAGAGGUCCAGCCCCAAGUCACUUUGGGGGACCAAGAGGGCCUCACCCCAAUCAAUUUGAAGGGCAGAGAGGUCCAGCUCCAAAUCAUAUGCCUGGUCCAAGAGGACUUUUGCCACAGCCAUUUGAAGAACGGAGAGGGAGUCCACCACCCAGAUUUGCCAACCAAAGAGGUCCAGCCCCACUCCAGUUUGGAGGACCAAGAGGAGCCGCACCUGCAAUGUUUCCAGAGGAGAAUGAACCUCCGCCUUCUAGAUUUCAUUUCCAAGGUCAGUCACCACAAGGUCUGAAGUCAACCCCAAGACCACUUCUGGACCUUCCAAGCCAUCCACCAUCCCACAGAAAAGAGAUGUGGGAGGAAGCUGGACCAUCUGCAUCUCUUCCCAAUAUUUCUGGACAAGGAUCUGAGUUGGAAGGACAGUGGUCAGCACCUGAGUUCCGAGAAGGGAAAAAUCCUGAAUUUAGAGGCCAGACAUUUGAAGGGAGACAAAGAGAGAGAUACGAAGGAGGAAAUAAAGACAAGGCUUUAGAUCAGCCAGAGCCUCAGCAAGCAGAUAAUCGACAAGGUCGACCCUUUGAGGAAAGGCGAAGGGAGCGAGAACAUGGCAGGCCUUGGGAAAGAGACCGUGGCAGAAACUGGAAUAGAGACAGGGACUGGGAGAGGCACAGAGACAAGGAAUGGGACAAAAACAGAAACCAAAACAAAGACAGAGAUAAGGAUUCGGAGCGGGGUAAAGAAUGGGAAAGAAGCAGAGACCGAGAGAGAAUGAGAACCAGGGACAGAGAAUCCUACAGGAGACGUGACAGAGACCGAUCAAGGAGCAGAGACCGAGACCGCGACAGGGACCGGGAUCGCAGCAGGGAAAAAGACAGAGAUCGAGAGAGAGAUCGAGACCGGGACAGAGACAGAGGAAAAGAUCGCAAAGAUCGGAGCAAGAGUAAGGAAACUGGGAAAGAGACAAAGCCAGAAACACCGAAGGAAACUCCGAAGCCAACAGAAAUGGAGGCUUCGUCUUCCACUAAUCAGUCCUAGAAAUAGGACUGAUCAUAUAUUUCCCAUAAAUAAUAGACUUUUACAACACAGCAAGGACUGAAUCAACAUCUGUAUAUACUGUAUAUUUUCACCUUUACAAAAACACCGUUGUACAACUAGCCUUACAAAACGUACGGACAAAUUAGCAAUUUUUGAACAACUGUGAAUGAAAAUACUCAAAUAGACAAAAGGCAAGGACAUACUGGACUUUCACUUGCUGCAUUUUGUGCAUAAUGUUUUUCUUAUACAAAUUCACGGCAUUACCUGUACUGAAAUUCUGAGUUUUUUUCUACUUGCAUCUUUAAAUUUCCAUUUACAGUACCAAAAUGGAAAAAAGUCUAAGAAGAGCAUAUUGCUUUUUAAGAUUAUAAAGUUAUGUUUUCCAGUAACUUGAAUUGUAAUUUUAUAAGAGAAUUUAAUCCAGACUUUAGGAGCCAUACCUUUACAUCUCAUUGACGUGAUUUUUUGGUGUCAACGUUUUUCCCCAGCACACGCUUUGAAAAAAGGCGUCGAACUGUUGCCGUCUUGUUUAUUUUACAGCAGAAGGGUCGUGUGUAUUUAGGAAAAGGCUGCAGAAGAACAAUGUCAAUAAUUGCUUGUGACUGACACAGGAUUUGAAAGUGGAAUGUUUAUAAGCUUCAAGUGCACUAUCUCCCUUUUUAUAUCCAGGUAUUUUGUGUUUCAGAAUCCAUCUGUUAAACGUACAGCAAAGAAACAAAGUCAUCGUUAAUUUUUCUCAUGAGGCCAAGGGGUUUUAAAUGUCACAUUUUUACAAAUCUGUAAUUAAAGAACAUACCUGAGUAGCACUUUGAUAACCGGUAAAACUUUUAAAUUAAACCAUCAGAUGUUUAUUUGAAAAAGGCUAAGACUACAAAUGAAUUCGUUACUAAAGGAAAGAAGAAUAACUUAGUGAAACAGGCCACUAAAUCUGUUACUUUGAACUGAUUUAGUGAAGCAUGUGUUUUUGUUUUGCUUUGGUUUUGCAGAAUUUUACCAUAGACUUAAGAAAUAUUCCCAUUUGAUUCUGUUUUUCAUUCUGAAAGUGUUUUGCUCUUGAAAAAAAAACAACCCUGUCACUAUUUUUCUGUUAGACCCUCCUUAGGCUGGUAGUAUAUAUAACAUCCCCACUGAAGAUGUUACUGCAUUAAGUUUGGUACUUCAUGGUGUGUUUCAAGAGGGAAGUUUUUCACUGUGAAAUACAUUUCAUUGCUACUUUUUGUCUAUUCUUCAAGCAUGUCAUUCUAAACUAUUAAAUAAAACCCCUCUUAAUUUAUUUCACCACGCAGAUCAACAGUUGGGUAAAUAUUUUGAUAUUUUUUAUAAAAGAGUUUUGGAAAUGUGAAAUCAGAUUCCUAUAAAAUUUGCAUCUUGAAGACUAAGUGACAAGUAGCGUAUGCCGUGUAUCUCACUGCAGAUUCUACAGUUCGUAUUGGUGCAUCUUGGAGGUCCUUAAACACCAAGGAUUUGCUGGUUGAAAUGGUCAUCAGGGUUCGGAACCUGUAGACAAAAUGUUAAAAUGCAGACAGUUGGUAUUAAAUGCAAACAUCUUCUGUGGUGUAAGGUUUUUUUUCCCUAAUGAGAUGUUUCUAAUUUAAAGACAUACCUAAAAGUAUGCAAAAAAGUGUGUUUGUUUAGGUUUACUUGACAGAAAUUUCUGUAAAUUUUAUUUUAUAUGGCAAAAUAUAUCCUGUACUUUAAAAUAUGGGACUUCACAGGUUUUUGUUACUGUAAUUAGAAUAAACAUCUACAGAGAACUGUUGUCCUUUUCUUAAA